AUGACGGAUGUAUUUCUGACAAAUGAAAUAAGACUACGCCUCGCAUCGCACAGCACAUGCAAGGAAAAAUCCAAAUCCUGCGCCUGCGAAGGCGUUCCAGACCAAUUAAGCUGUUAUAUCAGAGCCCAGAAACAACCCCUCCAUCACCUUUCUGGCAUGUCGCUAUUUUGGCCUUGCCCUGGAUUAUCUGUUAACCUGGGUGAGCAAAUGAAGGACUUCAGCGGAAACAUGCUUCAGUAUACUUUACCCUGGUUAUCUAUCAGCCGAACAUCGUGGACAUCGCAUGUUAUAAAGAUGCAGUGGACUUCGGAAGAUUUGAGGGUUGCUUAUAAUCUGGAAGGUCAUAACCUUGGGAGUGCUGUAUCAGACCGGCCUGGUGCUGGAGGAUGUGGUAGGUACUGUACUCUUAUGGAACGAAAAGCGUUCUCGUCUUGA